AAACAUUAAAAUAAUUUUGGCAGUUAAAUGUCCCCAUAAAAAACCUAUUAGGUGGAACUGAGGUAUUAGAAGAGAUAUUUAGCAUAACUGCUAAUAAUUAACUGAGCAGGUAAGGCAAGGUGAGUUUCCUCACCUGCUCUGCUUCAGGUGAAAAGUUCAGAUCUGAAAGCUGAUCUGGACUCCACGCCUUAAUGAGUCAAAGUUCUGAUAGUUCCUACCUGGGAUCAGAGCUGAGCGGAUUAUUUCCACCAUGAGCCUCGUUCUGCAGCCGCCGGCGCUGAAGAAGCUGAGGUUGCUGACCUACAGCCUCGUCUUCAUCCUGGGUGUCGCUCUGCUGCUCCAGACCUUCAGAAUGAUUGACUUAUGUCCUUCCCAGAUUAACGGGCAGCCAGAUUUGCUGAUGUUUAGAAAAACAGAGGAAACAUUUAAUCAGUCGCUCAGGUCAGACAGGAUGUUGCCGCUCCAGGUUCUGACGUACGCCUUGCAGCCGUCGGUCGGGUCGGCCGUGGUCCAGAACCAAACCGCAGGAACUACAGUUCUCAAAGGACAGUCAGCCCAUCUGAUAGGAGUCGGUGGCUCCAAAGCGCUGCUGGUGUCUGCUUUUCUGGAGCAUCGAACCAAACCCAAGAAGGUUCUUGUUGUUGCCAUAAUGUUUCGUCAAGAGAAAGUGUCCCUUCAGUGCCGCCUGCUCUGCAGCGAGCGGCGCCACGUGUCCAGAGCCUCCGUCGACAUCCACUGGGAUCACUUCGGCUUUCCGUACGGGACGGCCGACGUUUCCUGCCCGCUGCCGCCGGCCUGCCAGGCGCCGAGCCACGUAGCCGUCACCUCGGCAGCCGCCAGGAACCGAGAUAAAGCUGACCUUGAGUUUUUGGAGGUUCAGAAUCAAAAAGAGCUGAACGUCUUUCCGUACAACUUCACCAGCUGUUUCUCCACCAUGUACAACUACACCAACAUCCUGCAGCUGGUGCAGACGGUGGAGAUGCUGCAGUUACUGGGCGUGAACAGAAUCGUCAUCUACAAGAUGAACUGCAGCAACGAGACGCAGCGCGUUCUGGACUACUACACCGACAAAGGUUUAGUGGAGGUGGUUCCUUGGUCUCUGUCGGAGUAUCUGAAGGUUUCUCGUCGCGCUAAACCCGAUCAGGAUCCUGGUGACAUCCACUACUUCGGUCAGAUCCCGGCGCUCAACGACUGCCUGUACAGAUCCAUGUACCGGUCCAAAUACGUGGCGCUGCACGACCCGGACGAGCUCAUCCUGCCGCAGACGGUCGACAGCUGGUCAGAGCUGCUGCCGCUUCUGGAGAAAAGACACGGCGCUGACCGGUGCUUUUACUUCGAGAACAACUGGUUCCCCACCGAAUUCACGCUGCCUCCUCCGCCGCCGAACGUCCUGCCUGGGCUGGGCCUCUGGCGAAACGUAUCCGGGGCGAACGUCCUGACUCACCUGUACAGUGAACCUGUCAAACCCAAACCUGCCUUCAACAACUUCAAGACCAUCACCAACCCUCGGUCCGUGUUCGUCGUCACCGUCCACGGAGUGCUGCGCUCGCAGAAGAGCUGCGCCUGGGUGGACAGGACGGUGGCCCGGAUGUACCACACCAAAGUCCGAGGACAAACUGGACUGAAGGCCCAGCAGCUGAUUUAUGACGGCAGGCUGCUGAGCUACAGCGGCCGCCUGACGUCGGCCGUCAGCGCCGUCCUCAGGGAGACGCGGCUCCUCCCUGACGGAGCCAGACGCUGAGCAGGAAGGACUUUUAAUCAAUUCAUAUGGACCAUAUGGUUAUGACUCUACAUGUUACUGUAAAUUAAAACUAUUUCAGCAACACUUCUGCAUCUUUUAACUGAAGGUAAAGCUGAAAAAGGGCCUUUUUAUGAACAAACAGUGGGUUACAGUCUGUUCCUGUUCGUGUUGCGGGACGAUCUGAGGAAGAAAAAGAUAAAGAUCACCAAGCUGAGACGGAGACGUCAGACGGACGGAAUGACUUUAUGACUUAGAAAUGAUUCAUGUUUGGCCGCCAGCGCAGAUCAGAACAUUUAACUUUAAUUAGGGUAAAAUUAUCCAACAAAUUAAAACCGUGGAGAGGAAAAUGUUAGAAGCAUCCAACUGUCCUGCUGCAGGUUGAUGAUAAAGUAGAAACUCAAGACAGAAAAUGCACAACAAUAAAACAGAAUGAAAAAAUGAAUGGAAUCGAUAUAAUUCAUUCUGCAAGGAAUCAAAUGUGAAUCUUUUCUUUAAUUCAACUCUGACUGCAAAGUUUUUCUAAUUUUGCUCUAAAAUUCUCCUUCUGUAAAUUUGCUGGAACCUUGAAUCAGAUUUUUGUUUUUACCUGUUUCUACUCUUUGGUAAUUAUCUGGUUCAGUAAUAUUUACAGUAAUAACUCUGCCCCUGAAAAAUGUUUAAAUAUAGGAGAUGUCGGAGCUUCGGGGAUGAGAGCUCUGAGUCUCCUGGACGUCUGAAGGAGCCGCCGUUGAUCCGUCACUUUUCACUCCAUUUGGUAGAAGAACUUUAUUCCUUUUCCAACACCAACAGAAGAAAGCAGAAGAAUUUGUUGUAAGUAUUGUUUAAAAUUUACAGUUAACUCCUUCUGCUUUUAUUUUGUGAUUUCUCUUUUUUUUAGCAACAUUUGUAUUUUAUUUUCUGACACCUUACGGCAAAAGUUCAAUAGCAGGACAAGAAAUUAACGUCACUUUCACACCUGGACUUUGUUUUGUACUGAAUCAGUUAAUGAUUUUAACAUUUAACUUUGUUUUGUUUUACCCAGAAUAACGUCCAGUCAACCAUAACCUGUCUGUUCCUGGUUCAGAGCAGAAAUCAAAACAAAUUCCUUUAACCUCGGUGUUUUCUGCCCUGCAGUGAUCUCAUAAUUAAAACAUCAAGAUAAACAGGUCUGUCCAGGGAUCCCGCUGGGUGAAAUGUUCUUAACUUUCCUAUUGUCUGUCUCCUUUUUUAAGUUAAUCCUCACAGAAAUGUGAAAAGUCGUUUUGACCAGAUUCAGUUUGUUAUAACAGGGAAACGUGAAUCAAUCUGUUUUGAUUUCCACAUUUUCUUGGUCAGUCAGAUCUCCAGCCGACAAAGAUAAAGGAAUAUAUAUAUAAAGACCUGAACUAAAGAGCAAAUCAAAACAUUGAGACUUAAAGCUGAUCUGGAUUCUGAUUGGUCCAAAAGAUGUUGUAUCCGAUCAGUUUUAGAUCAAUAUAUGAACCAAAGUGCUUAAGACUGAAAAAAAACAAGA